AUGUUCGCUUCUCGCAUUGCGUAGGCGUUUGAAGUGACAAGGAGAAGUGCUUGAAGUUGAAAUUUUCAGGUUCCAAGAGCACGAACGGAAAAGAGACACGAUUCUGAUCAAAACGAACAACUCGGAGAAGAAGAUUCUGUACACGCUCCUCGACUACAUUAUCCACAUCGAAGUCAUUGAUUCCGGACUGUUUGGCAACCUUUUCGGCUGAUUUUUGUUCUUAUUUUGCUGAAUUUGUUUUUUUUGUUUUUAAGAAGAUCCCGUUGAAAAUUAAAAAUUGCAUUAUUCUUUCGGUUCGCUGGUCAAAUCGUUUCCAUCAUUUUACUUUGGAACAUUUUUAAAUUUCCCGCCUCCAAUAAUCGCUUUCAGAAUGGCCAAAACGUCGACGAGAAAGAAAUCGAAGGCCCUGCGCAAGAGCGCAAGAUCUACGGUAAAAAGUUUUCAAUCGAAUUUCCAGACUUGCAAAAUAAGGGCCCGGGCCGGGCCGAGAAAUGUGACUUCACUUACAAAAUUAUAUUGAAAACUGUCUACCAGAGAUGCACAUAUGUCGGCAGCAAGAAUUGGAACGAUCUGCCGGCGGAACUGAAGUCGCUUUGCAUCGAACGAAUGACUUUCAAGACAAAGUACACACUUUCCUGUCCAUUAUCUCACUUUUUACAAUUUUAGGACACGUCUGGCAAGGACGAGCCACACAGAAAAGGCGCUUGUCGCUUCAGCGAAACCGCAUCAUUUCGAUGAGCUCUGGGUCGGCUUUGACACGGACAAUGACGAUUUCACCGUUAAAACGGACGCCGGCGACGAGCACAUCGCCGUUUCGACCAUUUAUAGGUCUUAAAAUACAAUUGGACUCAUAAUCACAUUUCUUUUUCAUUUUUCAGCACACGUUACGGAUAUUACACAACCAAUUACGCCGGUGUCACCCGGUUCGCCGCGCACGUUUUGAAGAACGGAAGAGCCGAAAAACUGAAUUUGGCACAUUCCGGACUGAAUAAUACGUAUGCGACGGCGUUUAAGGAGCUCGAAAAGUGUGCUCCGUUCCGAAUCGCCGAGAUUUUAUCGAACGGCGACAGCGAAGCUUCGGCUUACUUUUUCAUCAAAAAUUGCGAGGAGCAGAUCAAGACGAUCUAUUUGAUGGGCUCCGUGGCGAACAGAAACGCGCUCGCCAACUUCGAGGCGCUUCCGCAGUUUGUGAACGCCGCGAAAAUCACGGCUUUGGACGGCUACUUCGGAAGAAACUUCUCGCCGUUCUUAGAAACUGUCCAGGUAUUCUGUCCUUUUGAAAUGAACCCGAGUUGAGUCGGAGUUUUCAGAAAUGGAUUAAUAAUGACGCGAAGAUCGGAACGUCGAAAGAGUACAAGUUCUCGCCGCGCUACAAACUGGAUAUGGCCGUCAUCAUCGAGAGAUUCGAUCAACGCAUCUUGUACUUUGAAAAUUAGCGGAGAAAAGCCAGUAUUUGAUGAAUUUGCAGAUUCCGCGACGAGUUGACCGCUUGCAUCGUGACUAACAAUCCGGAAAAGUACAUUCUGUUCGUUCUGCUCGACAACAUCAUCUCGUGCGAAGUCAUCCGCUCCAAUUCGCAGAAAAAUCGCAAAUAG